GAGCCUUGUUGCUAUAGCUACUAAUUAAUUCACCCUUCACUAAAAUUAGAAAUCCUAUACAUUAUAAUGUCGUACCGUGGAUAUAAUUACAGUGAGUUUUUCUAAUUGGCCCCAUGAGGCUGCAGACGACGCACAUUAUGUCAGCUGGGGACAGGAGCUGUCAAUCAAACAGUAUCUUUAUAACCAAGCGCACGAGCUCCCACGUCCCUGUGUCUCAGGAUAAGACCGGAGACAGACAGGAGCUCGACUGUGAUCAUCGAUUGUCAAUCGAUCCGCUCUCUGAUCCGAUUAUUCAGAGGGAUCAUUUUGUUAAUCUGUCUUUAGUACAUUUUUACAUUCCUGGAGCUGUUACUGCCUUCAUAUUUUUAAUCGUUUUAUAUGUAUUUUUCUUCUUCUCCUGGCUACUUGACAGUCUUUUUUAACAGUUGUCCAUCUUACCGGAUAAGAUGGAUAAGUCAAGUGGGAACAAUGCCACCGCGCUGAACAGCUCCAUAGACCGGUGGCCAUUCAAUGACCGCGGGUCAUACCAGCACCUCGACCCCGGGGAGCUGAGGCUCCUGGUGCCGGCCAUACUGGGUGUCAUCUGCAUCUUGGGCCUGGCUUGUAACCUCACCACAAUGGGCAUCUUGGUCUCCAAUGCUCAUAAGGGCAAACUGUCUCUCAUCAACUCCCUCAUCUUUAAUCUGAUGUUCGCGGACGGGCUGGUGCUGGCGUUCACCGUGCCGCUCCGAGCCGCCGCUUUCUCCAAGGCCAGCUGGACUCUGGGCUGGGUGGUGUGCAAGACGGCCGACUGGUUCCUUCAGUCCUGCAUGGCGGCCAAGAGCUUCACGGUGGCAGUGAUGGCCAAAGCCUGCUACCGCUACGUGUCCAACCCUACCAAGCAGGUGAGCAUCCGCCUGAGCUCCAUCCUGGUGGUGCUGUUCUUCACCUGGCUGUCCGCCUGCUCCGUCACCAUGCCCCACUGGCUGUUCGCCACGCUGCAGCGGGAGAGCCGCGGGCUGGCGUGCAUUCUGGUGGUUCCUCCCGAGGCCAGAAACUUCAUGUCCGUGUACGUCAAGGCGUACCCGCUGAGCGUCUUCUGUGCACCGCUGAGUUUCGCGCUGCUGUACUUCUGGAGGGCUUACGGCCGGUGCCAGCGGCGCUCCAGCAAGACGCAGAAUCUGCGCACCCAGAUAAGAUCCAGGAAGCUCACACUGAUGCUGUUCAGUCUGACCGUGGCCAUGGCGAUCCUCUGGUUUCCACAGUGGGUGGUGUGGGUGUGGGAGCGUCACUUGGCAGAGAAAGAGAGCGGGGAAGCUCAGCUCCUCGUCUCUUCUCCCCCCCUUCUCCUGUCGGUAUCUGCUCAGCUGCUCAUCUUCUCGCUCUCCCUGGUGAACCCGCUCAUCGUGCUCUCCCUCUCCGAGGAGUUCAGGGAGGGCUACAGGGGGCUGUGGAGGCGGCUCACCCUGCGCAAACAGCCACCACCAAAGCCGAAACCCGGACCCCACAACCCCACUGCUCCCCAGUCACCCUGCCCCAGACCAGAGACCUCAGGCCAGCAGAGAGGAGGACCUGACCGCUCCAGCACCAGUCAGGGUCCCAGCAGAGAGGCUCAGCCCCAGCCGGAGCAGAGUGGAACAGGAGGGAGAGAAGCAGACAGGGUGAGCCUCAAAGACGGGACAGUCCUGCCUGACGUGGAGCAGUUCUGGCACGAAAGAGAGACUGGGUCGCUCACAGAGGAGAAUGAUCCUAUCCCUUGGGAGCACCAGAGCAAGGAAGGGAAGAAGUAAGAAACAAGGGCCACAGUUCAUUCAGUCUUAAACACGACCUGUCCUCAGUACAAUCCUCAAGCAGCAACAGCAGCUACAUCGUCUGACCUCACAAGUUCAUUUUACUGGCCUGCUGAGUGCCGCACUACAUAAGAACGUAAUUACUGAUAAUCUGUCAACUGUGUUUAUGGUAUUAUUGGAAGGCAAUAAGUGAUAUCAGUGUGUGGAUAACAAAUAGAGCAGUAUGUUAUGUGCACUUGAUAUAUAUUGCAAUAACACUGUGCUUGGUCUUAUUGUCUCAUGAGGAGUUUGAAGAUCUAGGCUAUAAUUUAUUCACUGUGAGCUGACUUUUGGUGACUGUAAAUAAAAAGCUUUUAGGUGGAUGGCAUAAAUUCAGUAUAUAUUAAAUGACAGUUUAUGUGAAAACAAUGCAAAUUCAGCAUGCUCUCGUUAUGCCAUAUUGUGGAUGAACAUUUCCUAAAGCACUCAUAUAGUAAUAGAGUGCAAUGACAAUGUCACCAUAUAUUUAAAACUUGAAUAUUGUAUGUGUAAGUGUUGUGCACCUGUCUGCAGAGAGAAAAUCAUCUUUUGUAUAUAAUUAUGAAGUGCUGUGGAAGUGGACGUUAGUUCUUGAUGUGACAGUGAGAGAAGCUCUGCUCAGUCUCCUCUUUCUGAGAGGAUGACUGUUUGGUAUUCAUCAUGUAAUUUCAAGAAACAAAGUUUACA